AUGACGAAAAUUACCGCUCUCCGGAUCCCAGACGAAACAACUACAGCAUCGAGAAAUCUAUCAGAUCUCUGCGACAGCUACGCCCAUUUGCCUUCUCACCAUCUGGAGGAAGAUGGCCAUGUUAUUUGGUCAUGUUAUCCCAGAGGUCUUCCCUUCCUAAAGCCGACAUGCCAUCAUGUCUGUGAAGAAUCGUUGUACAACCAAGACAUCCCCACUCUGUGUAUAACGGUACUUCGUAAGUUAUAUAGCAACUUCACGACUAAAGCUUCUCCAGUCUACAAUGCCACAGUUGACGUGAAAAAAGCGGUUCGACAGAAUGACACAAUCUUACCCAAAAUAUUCACUGUCACUCUCAAGAACGCUAUGCGAGGAUUGGAAUGGGAUGAAAUGGAAGUGAAACUUAACGGCCGGGAGAUACACCAUUUUUGUUUCGCUGAUGACAUCAUUCUGUUAACAUUAACCGUCAGUGAUGAGGCGGCUACUGGUCAAAUUCAAUGA